AUGCCGCUCUACGAACUCGUGUGCAUCACCAAGCACCACUUGACCCUCACCCCGAUCCACUCCCUAAUGCGCACCACAACCCAACUAAUCACCCAAAACGGCGGCGUAGUCCGCAACCUCGAUUUCUGGGGCACGCGCAACUUGCCGCAGAGGAUGAAGGUUGGGAGGAGGAGGGGCGGUGGAGGGGAGGGAGAAGGGGAGUUUGUGGGAGACUACUGGACCCUCCGCUUCGACGCCUCCCCCCCUCUCGUGAACGCGCUCAACGCCCGUCUGCGGUUGAACCCCUCGGUCCUACGCUGGACCGCGCUGCGUCUCGGCUCGAAACUCGAACAGGUCGCCGGGAUGGGGGAGGAGAAGACGGUUAGUUUUGAGAGGGAGAUGCCGGGGUGGAUGAGAGGCGGGGCGGAGGUUGAGGAGGGGGUUAGGGAGGCGAGGGAGUGGAAGGAUUUGUGA